UAUUCACUAAUCAGCUAGCACGGGUGCAACACGCUCUCGUGACCACCCCCCCAUCCCCUCUCCUUGGCUCCCACUCUUUAAGCGGCCCUUGUCCUUUCAGCUCCUCGGUCCCUCCCCCUCCAUCUCACUCCCUUAUAUCGCUCGCUCACUCGCUAGCUCGCACCGCGCCGGCCGGGAGCACGCACGCACGCAUUGCCAUCGCCGUGCGCGGAGGAGGAGAGGAGAUCGAGGUCUCGAGGUCGUUGGUUGGUUGGUUGCAUGGCGAGCGGUGGCGGGGAGCACUUCUUGCGGCAGCUGAGCGCGAGCAACGGGGGAUACGGUGGUGCGGCGCAGUAUCAGAUGGGGCGAGGGGUGGUGGCGGAGGAGGAGGUGGAGCUCGGCGGAGGAGGCAGGAGGAGGGGCUCGAAGCGGUGGUCGAAGAAGAGGGCGGGGAGGGGCGGGUACGGCGGCGGCGGCGGGGGGAAGGGGGACGCGGCCGCGGCCGCGGCGGCGGCGGCGGCGGUGGCCGGGAGGAAGCGGGUGAUGGUGGUGGUGGACGACACCUCCGGGGCCAAGCACGCCAUGAUGUGGGCGCUCACCCACGUCGCCAACAAGGGGGACUUCCUCACGCUGCUCCACGUCCUCCCGUACGCCGGCGCCGGCAGAGGCGAGGAGACCCCCUCCCUCGCCAACUCCCUCGGCACGCUCUGCAAGGCCUGCAGGCCAGAGGUGGAGGUUGAAGCACUUGUGAUCCAAGGACCAAAGCUGGCCACUGUCCUCAGCCAAGUGAAGAAAUUGGAGGCGUCUGUGCUUGUGCUCAGCCAAUCCAAGCCAUCCCAUUUCUGUUGGUUGAGUUGCAUCCUGCGGAGCAGCAGCGAGGAGUUCGUCGAGCAAUGCAUCAACCAGGCUGAGUGCCUGACGUUGGCAGUGAGGAAGCAGAGCAAGGGCGUCGGCGGGUACCUCAUCAGCACACGGUGGCAGAAGAACUUCUGGCUCCUGGCUUGACAAAGCCAAGGACUAUUCAAUUUUCUGCCAAGGCUUUCAAGUCUCUACAUAAUCAUAUUUUUACCCCCGUAUAUCUGCCAUUCUGUUUUAACUGAGUGCGCCAUAAAAGCCUCCCCGCUGCCAUGUUGCGUCACCGUGCAAGUGUUACCAUCCGUUGUAAAGCCCAAAGGAGCCCUAGAUCUGACCAAACCCUACUUCCCAUCUUCUUUUCAAGUUCAGUUUGUGUAAUCUUGUGCUGUACUAUUGUGUAAUGUUGCAUAAAUGGCCGUUUUCUGUUGUCACGUGUUUUA